ACCAGGAUCCUUCGAAUUUGUUAGGCAAUGUCUCCAGGCACCAAGGAACUUCGAAUUCUACUUCGUCAGCAGGAAGGGUGCACAGCGGGGAGACGCAGCAGAGGGAGGGAGAUUCAUACUUCCUUUCCCUUGGGAUCGUCCGUGUCCGCAGAGUUCUUCGAUGAAGACAGAGGGCCGCUUGGGACCAGGGAUUCAUGUUUUGUUUUACACAAUCAACGGAGAAGGAUGAAGGAAUACAGUGAAGGUAUGGAGUUUGGAUCGGCCGGCGGACUGUGGAAUUCGCCGCCAGUUCAAUCG